AAAUCAGGUGACUGAACAGGCGGGGGUUUCUUCCCGGACAAGCCCAGAAGAUUGUGUCAUGCCCACUCCUACAUGACUGCUUGGCAUGUACGCACAUCCCCAGCAACAAAACACGGUUUCUACCAGCCAGUCUUCACAUCGUCUCUACUGACUCACUAGCUGGACGCUCUUGAGUGGGCUCAUUUCAUUUCAUUUGUGUAAGGAAGGACUAUUUUCUGGUGGAAUUCACUGCGGUGACCUCAAAUAUUCCUGACCUAGAAUCUGACUGAUGCUGAGGUGUAUGGGUGAGUCCAAGAAAAAAACAAGUGAGGUGGUAACCAUGUGGAUCCCCACCCCGAGCAUGACUCGUCCUCAGCGGCUGCUGCUUUACGGGUCGUGCGUGGUGGCCUUAUUAAACUCUCUGGGUGUCCUGGUGCUUCUGCUUCGGCAGAAUCAACAGCAUGUCCUUCUGGAGCGGACGGAGGCCAGGCUGACCGAAGUGGAGGGGAGCUCGGUGGUGGAGUUCCUCCGUGAGGUGCCCAGGGAACCCAGGAAUGGUGAACCUCAGUAUCAAUACUCCAGAAACAAGAGAAGCGAUGCACUGGAGGAGAGUGCGCCAGUAGUGACGGGGAAGAGGGUGCCAGGGACGGAUGAGGAGCACAAGAUGGAGCAAGUGCUAGAGAAGGAGCUUUACAGUGGGGGAGGUGUGGAGAGCAGUCAGCAGGAGGUCAGCCAAGAAGUCAAUGUUGAGACUGACAUGAAGCCCAAGCUGAAUCGCAAGCACAAGCACCGACAUAACCAGCUUUACCGCAAGGAGUACGUGCACGAUGACAUGAUGAUGAUGCUCACUUACUCCAUGGUGCCGAUAAAAUUGUUGAUCGACAUUUGUAACAGCACCAAAGGAAUCUGCAUAGCAGGCCCCCCAGGACCACCUGGUUUGCCCGGUGUGGAUGGCAUGCCAGGCACAAACGGGACAGACGGCGCUCCUGGACUGAACGGGCUUCCUGGAGCUGACGGCAAACGAGGAAAAAGAGGACCUGCAGGUGAAAAAGGCGAGCCAGGUGAAAGGGGAGAACAAGGAGAACCGGGCCCCCCGGGAGAAGACCCACAAUCAUCCAAUGAUGUUAUCAUCGAGGGUCCUCCUGGUCCCCCUGGACCACCUGGACCUGUGGGACCCCCUGGACCUCCAGGACCUCAAGGGCCCCCAAGGACAAGGCACCACAGAGCUAACCUGCAGGCUGCACAGACCAUGGAGCCACUAUAUUCAAUCCCAAAUGAUGAGACUUCAUUUGUGAGGCCAACCGGGAGGCUACACGAGAAGGGAGCAAAGCAAAACGAAUGCCUGAUAAAAUCUCUGAUCAACCCCAGAAAUGUGACAAAGAUGGAGAGCACAUUUGGCACAUGGAUGAAAGACACGGCUGUGCUUAAUGAGGAGCGUGUAUGGGUUGCUGAACACUUUUCGGGUCGUGUUCUGAGGGAGUAUCAGAGCAUUGCCUCUUUCCAACACAACAGUUGUGACACAGUCAAUGUGAGAAAGUUCUAUCAAGGCUGCGGUCACACAGUGCACAAUGGCUCCUUCUACUAUCAGAUCGCCGGCACGUCCAGCAUUGCAAAAUUUGAUUUGGACACCAAGAAGCUUCACACACUCACUAUCGAUCACGCUCUUUAUCACAACUUGGACUAUCUGCUGCAAAAUUCAAAGACUUACUUCAAGCUGGCGGCGGACGAGAAUGGUCUGUGGCUGAUCUUUGCCUCCAACGUUGACGAGAGCAUUGUGGUUGCCCAACUUGACCAGAAGACAUUUUCCAUCACCUCUCAUAUCAACACGACAUACCCACGAACCAAAGCCGGCAACGCCUUCAUCGCAUGCGGGGUUCUGUACGUCACAGACACUAAGGACGCCAGGGUCACCUUUGCGUUUGACCUGCUAAAGGGCAAACCGGUUAAUGUAACCUUUGACCUCAGGCCUCCAGGUGGGGUGCUGGCUAUGCUCUCCUACAGCCCGAAGGACAGACAUCUGUAUGUGUGGGACAACAACUACGUCAAGCUGUAUGUUGUCCACUUCAUCUCUGAUGAGUGACGACGUCGAGGCCAGAACAGAGCUGAUAAGCAGACUGGAUUUUUAAAAUCCUUUUGAAAGCAAAGAAUCACUGAAGCAAAUAUUCCUGUUCAAUCGGAUGGUGGCUUGAUCUUUUUAAAAUCCUGUAUACGGUGUAUGAAAAGUAGAACUACAGGGAUGCCUUGAGAUACAACUUUUGAAAUACGAGCCAGUUUGGCCAAUUCUUUGACUUGCAAGAUUAAAUGUGUGCUGUCUGUGAACUCAAUUCACUUAACCACAAGCAGCUCUCUUCAAAUACUGUUGUGAACAAUUCUUCAAAAGGGGGCUUCCAUUCCCGGGGUAUUUCGCAAUGAAAUGACCAAAAGAAUUACACAUUGCGAUUUCAAAAUUACUGCCUGACAUUGCCGAAAUCAGUUAAGCAAAUGGCGGUUUUAGAAUGCUUACAAAACGGGCAUUUGAACAGAAAUGCUAAUUCAAAACGUUUUUAAAUAGUAUAACAUUACUCAUUUGGAACAAAUAAUCAUUAUCCAUCGCGAAAAAUAUUACUGCAAUUAAUGCAGUCCCUGACAGUAGGCCCUGGAUGUAAAACUAUCUGGAUAAGUGUAAAAUACUUCUGGUGGCCAAUUAUGUUACAAAAAAAAAAAAAAAAAAAAAAAGGCAGGAAAUGCGAUCUCAAGGCAUCACUACAGCACACUGAGUACUUUCAGUUAUUCAAAUAUAAAGUACGAGCCAGCAUUUAAUCUUUCAGAAAUUAUUUUGGUACAUUUGUUAAUUGAACCACUCAAUACACAUGUAUUUGAAAGAAUUGUUAAUGAUGAAACUAUGUAUAAUGUGGCAAACUAUAUUGAGUAUACUUUUUAGGAAUAAAACCUUUUUUUUUUUUUUGGUGAACCCAUAGAUAGACCUACUAGCUACUGUUUUUUAAUGUAUGUCAUUACGUGGUACUUGAGGAAACCAAGUAAUUUUUGAGGUGGCAUCUGGUGUAAACCGGAUUGAGUGCUGUAUUUACUAUACAUAUAUCCCAUCAAUGCUAGGAAUGUGAUGUUACUAACAUUUAUUCACAAUUUAUAUCAAACAAAAAUAAUUUAUAUCAACUUUUUAAAUCUGUGAUGAGGUAUUUGCAUGAUUUUCUCUAAAUGUAUCUGAUGUCUUUAUAUUCUGUACAUACAGUAGGUGUUGACAUUUGUAAUGAAGUCAACAUAAAGCAGGUUUUGUAAGGAUUAAAACAAGAAGGAAAUAACAGCGCCAAAUCACCGGAUGAAAUAAAAAUAAUUUAUUCACUUUACAAAGGUAAAUCUCACACCAUGACCUGUUCUUUCCUUCUGGCAUCGGUGCCUUUGCGAGCACCUGCCCAUGAUACGAGUUUGUGUUGCCGUGCAUGCACACACACUUAUACACACACAUUAACACACACACACACCAGUAGGGCCACUGGUUGAACACAUACAAUACACAGAGUGGGCAGAAAGAGGGUAGAGGGACGGGGGACACAAAAUCUGUUUAAUAAAUAAAUACCUACAUACGUACACCUAACAAAAGUCACAACUUAAUCAGCUGAUAUGAUACAAACCAAAAAUAAAGAAAUGCUUUAAUGUUUAUACAAGCUGCUGGGAUAUUUCUUAUUUAUAUAGCGAUAUUUAUAUCAUUUAUAUAUUAAAACUAUUUGAAACAUUUGACUACUAGGCCAAAUAAAGCCUGACAUUCAUUUGUAUUUACCGGUUUCUUCUUUAAUAAUCUAUUUGAAAUAAAUCCUUUUAAUGU